AUGGCGGACAACAGCAAGACACACGAAGCAACAAAGGCAAUCGAGCAAAUGAGAGAAUGGAUAAACACACAACCUCAUUUACCCAAAGAUAUAGAUGACUAUCUUCUACUACGAUUCGCCCACAGCUGCUACUAUGAUCUGGAGAAGGCAAAGGUGGCGGCCGAUCUGUUCUUCACCUUUAGAGCAGAUAACUCCUCCUUUAUUACAGACAGAGACCCGCUAUCACCGCAUAUGCAAAAGAUUUUAAGCAUUAUAAAUAUUGGAUAUCUCAAAUUACCAGGAAAGAGAAAUCUCUGGGUAUACCAAAUAAACGACCCGGGAUUAAAUAUAUAUGAGUAUAUGCUUGACGUAAAACUAUUUUUUCUAUCUACGGACGCGUGGUUGCUUUCUAACGAUGAGCUUGAAGAAUCUGACAUCGUUAUUAUGGACGUGAAGGAUAUAUCACUCAAGUUUCUCACAAAAUACAGCAUGUCUGUAGCAAAAAAAGUAGCUAAAUACCAGGAGGAGGUGGUACCGAUAAGGCUUAAACAAGUGCAUAUAGUUAACACGCCAGUAGUCAUGGACACGAUCUACGGUCUUAUGAAACCAUUUUUAAAAAAGGAACUAACCGAUUUGAUUUACUUUCAUCAGCCAAACUCUCAGACUCUGUAUAAAUAUCUAGAUAAAGAGGAGUUGCCAGAAGACUACGGCGGAACGCGUCCUAAAAUGGAGGAAUUGAAUAAAAGCAUCGUGGAACUUAUAAUGAAAUACAGGGAGCGUUUAAACGAGAAACUUUGGGUCGCAAUUGACAAGAAAUCAAAGAAUAAAAGUAGUGCAGACAAAAGUAGUACAGAAUCUUCAUCAUUCCGGUCUCUUGGCAUAGAUUAA